CAAACGUUGCCUACACACGUCCAUGGUUCCUCAAAAGUCUGCACUAACAGCCGGUCACCACUGGAGAUUGGACUAACAUCAACGAGUGAGAGAAACAUAUCUCAGCAUGGCAACCAUGUUGAACGACCAGAAUAAUACACAGCCCGUUCCUCAGCUGCUGUCAGUCGGAGAAAAGGAAAAGAAACGUCUUCUAGAGGUGUAUGUUAAGCGAAGUCUCAGCCUUAACGAUGGAACACAGUGUACUCCCAGAAAGGAGCACAGAUCACACAAAUGGGUUCCCAUCGUUGAGCAAAAGACAAGAGUUCGCAGACAUUCCAGCGAUACAUCUCUGAACUUAACUUCAAAAGCUUCAAUCUCUGAUGAAGACAUUAGAUUUGAUUCCAUUGCUGAAACGCCAUUGGACAAAAAGGACAUGCCGUCUGGGAAGAAAUCCAAAAAGCGGGGAGUUAAGGAGAGUUUGCGGCGCAAUGAUGGAUCUAAUGCGUCUCAGAAGUCUAAUGGCAAAUCUAAAAAGUGGUUUCAACGUUUGGAUAAGGGCAAGGAGGAAGGUGGUCAAAUCAGUGAUGCUUUACCCACUCAAACAAGUACAUUUACUGCUGGAGAUAAUAAUGCUAAGAUGCUAGAAAAUGUAGAGCAGAUUACAGUGGAAAAGAAGGACAAGAAGGCAAAGAAAUCCACAGUGUGGAAGAGUUUCUUGAGUUGGUUCACCAAAGAAAACACUGAGAAGGAACAAGAACAUCAGAGAACUGAAGAAGAUGUUCCACUUUCCAAACCCUCUUCACCUCAGAUCUCCUGCUUGCCUUUAGCCGAUGUCUUGUCCAAAACUGACAACAACGUACGUCGUUCGAAAUCUUUGAAAAAGAAAAAAUCAUUCAAAUGGAGGCGAAGUGGAGAUAUGUCAGCUGCAAAAUCUGUGGAGAUGGUGGAACACAGCAAUUCAUACUAUGAGAAAAUGUCAGAGGAACUGGAGAAAAUUGUGCAUGAAGUGAAAGACAGUCCAACAGAUGACAAUCCCACCUCUCCACCAACAUCCCAGAAUGCCUGCGCAGAAGUCUCACAAGAAGAGGUUAUCAGGCGAAUCAUAGAACUGAUAAAGCAGCAAGGAGACAAAAUAAAUGACACGCUAAAAGAAAACCCCAGUGUAUGUGCGUAUCUGGAUUCUGGCUUCUCCUACAGAUCUUUCCAGCAAAUGGCCGAUCAAUAUGUGCAGUCGGAAGUUCCCAAUAAGAACACCCGUCAGUCUGUGGUGGCACCAGAGCUGGUGAAGUUCGCCUUUACUCUGGACUUCACCGCUAGAGUAGCUAAUCUACACAGCCAAUCCACAGGCCAGAUCAUGGGCUUCGGGAACCAGUAUCUCCAGGAUCGCUUCACUCACAUGAGCGAGAGCCAUCCGCAUCUCGCUGACGUUAAAGCAGGAGACCGGAGAACGCUCAACCUGGAGUAACAAUACAUUAGCUUGUAGAAGUGUGAAGUUUCACUGCUGGAUUACAUUUGAAAUCCUCAUAGACAUCGGAUAUAUGGAAAAAUAUGCAAAUGACACGUAUGACAUACAAGUUCGUAUUUGGAGUUUGCAUAUAUAAAAUGCAUGUCAUAUAUGCAACAUAUAUUUUGAAAUAUGAAACUAUAGCUAACGUUUUGCUAUAUUUUAUUUCUUAUUUUAUUCCGUCAUUUUAUUUCUUAUUUAUUAUCUGCUUUUUUUAUAUUGUACGAUGUAUGAAUGUGUAUGUGAUUUAUACAAUUUUAUUUGAUAUUGCAAAAAUGGUGGCACGGUGGCUCAGUGGUUAGCACUGUCGCCUCCCAGCAAGAAGCUCACUGGUUCAAGCCAAGGCUGAGCCAGUUGACAUUUCUGUGUGGAGUUUGCAUGUUCUCCCCGUGUUAGCAUUGGUUUCUUCCAGGUGCUCUGAUUUCCUUUAAAGUCCAAAGACAUGCACUAUAGGUGAAUUGAGUAAGCCAAAUUGGCCAUAGUUAGUGUGUGUGUAUGUGUGUGUGUGAGAAUGCAAGACUGUAUGGAUGUUUCCCAGUACUGGGUUGCAGCUGGAAGGGCAUCUGCUGCAUAAAACAUGUGCUGGAAUAGUUGGCGGUUCAUUCCGCUGUGGCCGCAAAAAUGGCCGUUCAUUCAAUUUGUUUUCAAUUAUUGGGACUACAGGUAAUGCAUAUGUUCAAAUAUGUUAGCUAUUAUGUUAUAUAUGUGCUCAUGUAUAAUUAUAUCUUAUAUAUAAGAACAUAUAUGUACAUAUUUGAAAUUAUAUUAAAGAAAAAUAAUUAAAUGGCUAUUUUUGCAAUAUUUUGAAAUAUUAAAUCUGAACUUGUAUGUCAUUUGCAUAUAUUUCCAUAUAUCAGAUUUCUUUAUGGGAAAGUAGCAUCAUAAAGGAUAAGAAAGAUUUUAAAAUAUAUAUUUUGCACUGUAACACAAAUAUUGUGUUAACGCUCAGGAUUGUGAAGUCUGUGAGAGAAUAUGUAAAUAUUUAAUAUUUGUGAAUAAUAUUUUUUUUAGAAACCAGCACUUAAGAUGAGCUCUUCAUUUGCACAUAAUAAAUAUUAAUAUAGAAUGACUUGUUUGUGUAAUUUUGUCUUAAAAACUUUACGUAAGCUAGAUAAAUCUAAUGUGAAUUUAACAACUGACAAAUUUGCACAGCUUGCAUUUGUUAUUUUUAUUAUAUAAUGUCAUUUUAUCUAAACACUAUACCUCAUAAUUGUAUGUUUUGUUCACUAAGUAUAUAUAUGUGUAUUUUAGCUAUAUUGUAACUGUGUAUGCGGGCAUAUGCAGAA